AUGGCCCUUCGGACCGGUGCUGAUCUAGUCCCUGUCAUCGGCUUUGGCGAAAACGACCUGUAUGACCAGCUCAGCCCUACAACACACCCGAUGGUUCACAAAUUGCAGAUGUUCGUACUCAGGGUAUUCAAGUUUACGAUUCCCGCGCUCCACGGUCGUGGCCUUUUAAACUACGAUGUCGGUCUUAUGCCGUACCGCCGACGGGUCAACAUUGUCAUUGGAAAGCCGAUAGAAGUACCAACCACUUUCGGAUACCAGCCGUCACAGGAUGAUAUUGAUGAAUAUCAUGACCUGUAUGUUAAGGAAGUCGUAAAGCUUUACUCGGCGUAUAAGGGGCAAUUCUCCAACGGCGAAGUCCCUGGGCUACAGAUCAUAUCAUGA